UGUACCUAAUAUAAGCUGUCAAAGUGGACGUAUUGAAAUUGUUUCUUUUAACAAUAACUGUUGUGUGGAAAAUCUGUAAACAAAAACAAGUGUAAAUUUAAAGCGUUGUGAAUUAGUAAAAAAAAAUAAAAUGCAAAACUUUAGCCAAGAAACAUUCGUAUUUCAACACGAGGAAUUGCUCAACAUUUGGGAAGAAUGCGGCCGCAAAAGCGACGUUGUUUUCGAAUGGGUGAUUAAAAAGAUUAAAAACAACGAGCUUAGUUUGGAAAAAAAGGAUGACAUUCGAAAAAAAAUACGAAAUUUGUUUAGCUAUGUGACAAAAAAACUUUCGAAUUGCAACAGAUCGUUAAAAAGAUUUAAAGAAAAGCACGCAACAUGGAUUUCUGCAACCGCUGUUAUUUCGAUUAGCGACAAAGAUUAUGAAAAACCCUGUUCAAGUAAAAUUGGACGACCACAAGUAAAUUAUACAUGCGCAAAGGACAGAAUGAAGCGAAAGCUGGCAAAUGAUCUUUCAUCAGAAAAAGAUCAUAAUACUGAUUUAAUG